AUGCGGCGGGCCGCGCCGUGGCCGUGCCGCCCCUGGGCCUGGGCGGCGGCCGCCCUCCUCCGCGGCCCGGCGGCCGCCGCCUCGUGGGGCGCGGCGGUGCGGGGGCCGUGCGAGCAGGUCGGGGCCUGCGUGCAGAGCCCGAACUACCCGGGACGGUACGGUGGCCAGCAGAGCUGCGAGAUCUCCGUGAACCCGUGGGCGCAGGAGAGCGUCAGCGCCAUCCGCUUCCGCAGCGAGAGGAACUACGACGUCCUCACCGUGAACGGGAAGCGCUAUUCGGGCCACUUCUCGCGGGGCCCGCAGGACGUCGUGGCAACCGGGGCGAUCCUGUGGAGCUCUGACGACGGCGUCGAAUCUACAGGGUGGAAGAUUUGCCGCACGUCGGAGGCCGAUGCCGUGCGGGCCGCUGAGCCGCCCAUCGAAGCCCGAGGAUUCGAGAUGUUCAUUUACGCCUUCAUGACGGUGAUGGUUGUGUGGCUUGUCCCAUUCCUUGCUGUGGCCCCUCUGGUAUCUACGGUACUAUGCAUUUUGGCCCACAAAGUAUGUAAAACCGAGAUGUUGAGCAGCCUCGCAGUUCGCAUCGCACAUUUCCCGUAUAUGUUGUUGCACGGUGGCAAGGCCGCGGGAGACAGUGAACAUCCAUUCAACAUCGUUGGAUAUUGCAUCUUGUGGUGGGGAAUUGUAUCAUUCACAUUGCUGACUUUCAUUAUUAUCUUGUUUGCGGCGGUCACCUUCCUAAUCACUUAUCUGUUCGGUUUGUUGAUGAUGUCGCUAUUCUUCAUGCUCCUCACACUGAUGGAGUCCGUCGCAGAGCGAGCUACGAAUGAAACAAGAGUCUCAGGAGGUCAAGUUCCUGCCGUGAAGUACGAGGGGAAGCUGUGGCAGUUCUUGAGGCACCCAUUCGUCAAGUGGACUUAUCGGACAGUGGCUCUUCUUGUAAUUGCCACCGUGAUAAGUGUUGGAGUCUACGUCCAGAUCUUGGUGGACGCAAUGCUGAUCGAGAGUGGAUUUGAUCUGCUUCCCUCCCAGCGCGACUCAAGUGAUUCUCCGCCAGUGUAUGCGGUCUUGCAGGGCAUGAAGGGCGAUUUCGCGGUCAUGAGCAUC